AUGGGUCAGUUCUGGUUCUUGGCUGCGGGGACGACCAGCGAGGAGGUGGCAGCUUCUCUGACGGGGCUGCAGCUCCCUCCUCGUCCUCGCCGCAAUUCCCGUCCCCGUCCCCGUCCCCCCAGAGCCGUCCCCGUCCCCGAGGAGCUCGACUGGAGGGACAAAGGAUGUGUGACCGAGGUGAAGAACCAGGGCUCCUGCGGUUCCUGCUGGGCUUUCAGCGCCGUGGGAGCUCUGGAGGGGCAGCUGAAGCUGCAAACGGGGAAUUUGGUGUCCCUGAGCGCCCAGAAUUUGGUGGAUUGCUCGGGGAUGUACGGGAACAAAGGCUGUGCCGGGGGAUUUAUGACCGAGGCGUUCCARUACAUCAUCGACAACGGCGGAAUUGAGUCCGAGGAAUCGUAUCCCUACACGGCUCAGGUGAUGCAAAAACAGCUCCCAGGAUGAUUUUUCCAGAAAAAA